AUGUCUCCGACCAUGCAGAUGUCAGGGCCGCACGUCCCAUACACGCCUAAAUCGGACGCCAUCGACCGCCAUGAUUAUGGCAUCACGAAGAACAGGAAGACGGCUUCGACUGGGGGCGGGCGAGCAUGGAGCGAGGAUGAGGAAGCUUAUCUCCUCCAGACGCGUAUGCAGAAAAUGCCAUACAAACACAUCGCGGCCCACUUGAAGAAGACGGAACUUGCGUGCCGUCUUCAUUAUCAUCAACUCAGCCACGGCAGCAAUCGCCGUAAGCGCACGACCUCCAUGUCGUCGGGAUCUUCGACCAGUGGACACUCUCCGAUCCUUCAUACCACCAUAUCCUCGCCAAUACAUGAGCGCAGAGGCGCGCCGAGUCGCUCUGUUUCUCCUCCUGACUCAUACGGCUCGACCAGUCCCGGCGGUAUCCAGCUCCCCAGCAUCAUGUCAGCAACUGCUUCCACGAACACCUCGCCGCGUCUGCCCACGAUCCUGCCCAAGCCUGCCUCGAUGACUCUUGCCCUUGCAUUGAUCAGUGGGCCCGGCUCGGCUGGCACCGCAUCCCCUACAACAUCUCGCGGCUACCCCACCCCUCUUCAUGACACCCACCCCCAUAACAUGGGUUCCGCGACCUCAGCGGGGUACCGGGCUGCUUCAAACGCUUCAACACGCGCUCCUAACAACGGCCCGCAUCACCACGGUCCCGGACCUGGGCCUCUCCGCCUAGACUGCUCCGCGCUCCCGCCACCUGCUUCCGCCGGGGGCGUGCACAGCCCGCCCAGCUUCGCGGCAAGCCACCCUGUCGACAUGGCGCGCCUGACAGCCGUUUACAACGCCCACCGCGCGUCCUUCUGGGCUGCUGUCGCUGCCGACUACGGCCCCGGCGCAAAUCCGAUUGUUCUCGAGCAGGCGUGGCGCGGCAGCGGUACCACGGGCGGCGGCGGCGCGGGCGCAAACCUGGGCAUUGCCGCGCAGACGCCCAUCACUCCCAUCGGCAGCCCCGACGACCAGCUCUACUCUGCUGGCGGCGGUGGUGGCGGCGGGCAUCAUCAUGGGCAUGGCCAUAGCCAGGGGCAGGGCAAGCAGGAUAAGACGCGGAUCAGCGCCAUCUUGGGGAUUGAUGCCAACCCGAGAAGCCCGAGCGAGAGGGAGAUGGUGAGGAGGCUGGAGGAGGAGAGGGCUGUGGGUAUGGGGGUGGUGGGUUGA